AUGGCACGUCGCGGUUUAUCGUUGCAAGAAAUGUUUGAUUUCAUUCAAGAACUCGAUGAAGCAGAAGAUCAAAAUCAACUGUGUGAUAUUCCAACCACUAUUUAUAUCGAGCCUCCUGUGGAUGGCAACGAAUCUGGCGAAGAUGACGCUGAAGAUGAUUGUGCGGGCAUUCCAGAUAAUGUUUGCUCGGCUCAGCUAAGAGGUGGCUGCGAAGUUGUUAUGGCUAGUGGGCGACGUAUGCAAGGUUUCGAUGAAGAGGAGGAUAUGGGAGGCAUGUUUAGACACGAUACCAUAGCGGUAAAGUGGCAGGACGUCAAAGAGGUAAUGCUGCUCAGUGACUGCCACACAUCUGAGAUGUGCACUGUUAGACGCAAAAUGAAAGAUGGAACUGAGGCAGAGUUUCCAUGCCCUGACAUUGUAAAGACGUACCGCGCAAUAAUGGGCGGUGUGGACUUGGCAGAUCAAAUGUCGGGAUUGUAUGAUAUAAGCAGAAAAUCAAAUAAAUGGUGGAAAAAAGUAUUUUAUCGUGGCAUGAUGAUGGCUGCUGUAAACACUUGGGUUAUAUAUUCGGAGCUGAAUAGGAAGAAACCUGACUUCUUACCAGUGCUGGUCGAGACUGCUGAGUCGCUAAUUGAAAAAGGAAAUGAAUCUACCGCAUAUAAACGAUCCCGUCGGUCUGGAAGAUAA